AUGCCGGUAAUUGGUGUAUCUUUGAAGACUUAUAUGUCUAUUAAGGACACAGUAAGCUUCUUUGAAGAGCUCAAGUCAAUUGUUGCAACUAGUAAAGAUGCUGGUGUGGAGUUCUUCGUUGCACCUGACAUGGUGUCUCUAGGUAAGAUUGGUGCAUACAUUCAGGAAAAUGGACGCCGGGAUGACUACCCUCAGUUGGCUGCCCAAGAUUGUUUCUGGGAAGACCGUGGAGCAUAUACAGGGUCUGUAUCUCCUAAAUCACUGAAAGAAUUGGGUGUUCAAAUCGUCGAGGUCGGUCACGCCGAACGAAGGGCCAUUUUCGGUGAGACUGACGAGAUUGUUGCUAAGAAAGCAGAAGCUGCUUUCAGAAAUGGACUUGUUCCUCUAUUAUGUGUAGGAGAGAAGGUUCACGAUACUGUGGAGAAUGCCAUUGAUGCAUGCGUUACACAGCUGCGGGCUGUCACAAACGUUAUUAGUCCCGACUGUCCACUUCUGGUAGCCUAUGAGCCAGUGUGGGCAAUUGGGAAAGAAAAGCCAGCUGAUUCUGAAUAUGUUAGAGGGGUUGCUACUGGUAUUAAAAAGGAAUUGGCUGGUCGUGUGGGAAAGAGUCGAGUUUUGUAUGGAGGCAGUGCGGGUCCUGGCGGUCUGUUCCAGUCCUUGUAUCCUUGUGUAGACGGACUUUUCUUGGGAAGAUUCGGUCACAAGCCGGCAAACGUCAAGGCUGUUUUAUCUGAGGUUAUUCAGGCAGCACAAUCUGGCGCCAAGUAA